GGCAUAGGCUAGUGUAUGCAACCGGGAGAGGAAGUUUAUCGAGAUACCCAACUCGAGCGGAUAUGAAACAUUCAUUCAGAUUCUACUCAAUAUAUUUUUGAAGAUCUUGGCUGAGUUUCCUCUGGCAUUCGGGAUCAAGUUCUUGAAAAAGUGAACUGAAAGAUGGCACAUUUCCAGUUUGAGGCUAGUGUGAGUGAGUUGGUGCGUUUAGAUGGUCCACUGCUACGGGCACCGGUUCCCCGCUGGCAGAGGAAAGCUAUGGAACGCAGAGAUUCCAAUUACUGCUGGUCCCCCACAUCCCCGGCACCCAUGAGUCUCUCACGCUCCAAGACCCCAAAACGCACCCCACUGACAGACACCUCCCUCUGGGGGACCAAUAGCAAGACACCCAGCAAGACCCCAGGGAAGACACCAGGCAAUAAGCAAAGCAAGACCCCCAGCAGCAAGCCCCCUACAUCAGCAGUUUUGCCGCCCAGCAACCAGGGAGAUAGAUUCAUCCCAAACCGUGCCCUGAUGGACAUAGACUUCAGCAACUUUCGGAUCAAUAACACAGACGAGAUAGAAGAAGGGGAUGAUGGGAAGGAUAAGGCUUACAACAGCGCCCUCUCAGAGAUGCUGACAGGCAAAACGACGGAGAACGCUAAAAUCCUGACGCUUAAGCAGAAGGCACCCAAGGCCCAGGAAGGUUACUACAACAACCUGAAGGUAUUGUACAGUAGCUCUAAGAGUGACAGCACAGUGAAAGCCAAGGCAGGCCGCUACAUCUCAAGCACUCCUGAUAACAUCUUAGAUGCACCGGGGCUGAGAAAUGACUUCUACUUGAAUCUUGUAGACUGGGGUGCCAGGAACAUGGUUGCUGUAGCUCUGGAAAAUGAGGUGUACAUAUGGAAUGCCUCCGAUGGGACCAUACAGCACCUGAUGACGCUAGAAGAUGCUGAGGAUUAUCUGUGCAGUGUCUCCUGGAUCAAGGAGGGGAACAUCCUGGCCUUGGGCAACUCACAGGGACAAGUACAGUUGUGGGACGUUGAGAAGACUAAGUGCCUGCGUACCAUGGGCGGCCACGCUGCACGCAUAGGCUCACUGUCUUGGAAUGAAUUCAUCUUAUCAAGCGGAUCCCGUUCGGGUAAGAUCCAUCAGCAUGAUGUGCGCGUGGCUGAUCACCAAGUGGCUACCUUAGACAGCCACACCCAGGAGAUCUGCAGCUUGAAAUGGAGCCCUGAUGGCCAAUACCUUGCCAGUGGGGGGAACGAUAACCUGGUCUGCAUGUGGGACGCCUCGGCUGGAACGGCCCCUGUGCACUCAUUGACACAACAUCAGGCUGCAGUCAAGGCCCUGGCAUGGUGUCCAUGGCAACCAAACAUCCUAGCCAGCGGUGGAGGGACGGCAGAUCGCACCAUCCGAUUCUGGAACUCCAACACCGGUCUGUGUCUGAACAGUGUGGAUACUGGAUCACAGGUGAGUGCCAUCCUAUGGUCUUCAGCAUACAAGGAGUUGAUCAGUAGCCAUGGUUACGCACAAUACCAGCUGAGUAUCUGGAAGUAUCCCAUGAUGCAACGCGUUGUCGACCUCAAAGGUCACACCAAUCGGAUCCUGUCCAUGUGCAUGUCACCUGACCAGACGGUCGUCAUGUCGGCUGCGGGAGACGAGACACUCAGACGUUGGUCCUGCUUCACCAGCAUCGGCGCCAAGCAGAAAUCAGUCAAAGGAAGCAAGACCCGCACAAGCCACGCCCUCUCUGUAGGCCAGAUCAGGUGAGUCCGUGCGGGACAAUGAAUAUGCGCAUAACCUAUACACAUUUAUUUGUGAUGAAUAUUCAUGACUGAUUUGACAGAAUGCAUGCAAAAACAUUGUAUGACAUUUACAUAAGUUACAAAUAUUCAUGAUUAAUUUUAAAAAAAGUCAAGAAUACGUUAUUCAACAUGAAUGCAUUCAUAUAAGCCUUCAUUAAGGGUUUGAACAAAUGGCAAACCAUGGUAUAUAUUUUGCUGCGUGUACUAUUUAUUUUUGUAUGAACAAAAAACACCAGACAAUGUCUCUCUAUUUAUUUGAGUGUAUUUGUAUGUUUUGUAUAAAUUGUUAAAAUGGAAGUUCACACCAGACAACUCUUAAAACAGACGUGCAGAAACCCUUAUAAGCAAUAACUAGAGCAGAGGUUUUGUAAAUUUCAAUGAAAAAUAUUUCAAAAAUAUGGGGAAAGGUUUAUUGUACAAAGGAUUAAAUACCCUGACACGCAAUUUUCAAUGCAUAAUUAUUAACUGAACUAGUUCCUUAAUGAAUUUACUUUAACAAACUAAACAGUCAAAAUUGAUCUGAGAAUGUUUGCUUACAUUAGUGAUUUAUGUGUUUUGUGAGUGUAAUGAAAUAUUGUAACAAUGUGUGCUUGUGAUACUUGAAAAAAAAAAAACUGAGAGCAAUUUCAUGAUUGCUUAAUUCGUAAUUGCCAUUCAAGUUGUUAUGUAAUUGUAUGAUUUACUGUGAUUGUGCCUUGUACUUUUGUACAAUAGUCUGUUUUCUGAAUUUGAUCAAAAUUUGCUAUGUAAAUGAACAACACUAAAUAUAAAUAAGACUGUUAAGUUAUUUUAAUGCAUGUAAACAGGACGAUUGUACUACCAAACUCUAAUAAUAAAUUGCAAAUACUGUAUUGGACAGGGUUUUUUUUGUAUUUUGUGAAAAUGAACAGUAAGAAAUGAGUUUAUAUAUUUUGUACAUAAAAUUUUGUGGAAUAAAUUAAUAUAUUUUGGUGUAAAAUU